AUGUCCUUCGCCUCCUACUACCAGCUGGACAACCUGGUGGCCAUCUUGGAUAUCAACCGUCUGGGCCAGACCGACCCUGCUCCCCUACAGCACCACGUGGAGAAGUACCAGAAACGCUGCGAGGCCUUCGGGUGAGUGUGUGGUGUGUAUGGGUGUGUGUGUGUGUGUGUGUGUGUGUGUGUGUGUGUGUGUAUGUGAAAGUGGGUUUACAAGGAGAGAGUGAGUAAGAGUGAGAGGGAGAUCAUCUUUGUGAAUGUGCUGGGAGAGAGAGUCUAUGAAUGUGUGAAGGUAUAUGUCAACAUUAGUGGGCAUAUGUGGAAUGUAUUGUUUAUGUGUGUAUGAGUAGAGAAAGUGUGUUCAUGUGUUUCCAUAUGUGACAUGGGUUUUCUGAUGUGUUUCUACAGUUGGCAUGCCAUCAUCGUGGAUGGGCACAGUGUGGAGGAGCUGUGUAAGGCUCUGAGCCAGGCUCGUCACCAGCCCACUGCCAUAAUCGCCAAGACCACCAAGGGCAAGGGCAUCCCAGGUACUCUCACCCUCACAUGGCUAUUGGUUACAUCAUAUUACUCAUACUAGGCCUCUAUCUCAGUGAUGGGCUACUCUCUGUCUCAGUGAUGGGCUACUCUCUGUCUCAGUGAUGGGCUACUCUCUGUCUCAGUGAUGGGCUACCCUCUGUCUCAGUGAUGGGCUACCCUCUGUCUCAGUGAUGGGCUACUCUCUGUCUCAGUGAUGGGCUACUCUCUGUCUCAGUGAUGGGCUACUCUCUGUCUCAGUGAUGGGCUACUCUCUGUCUCAGUAUAUGCACACACAAGUCACUAGUGUAUAAUGUGUCGCAAAGGACUUUUUACUGACCAUGUGACCUGAUUUCAGUACCAGAGUUUUUACUGGUCAGGUCACAUGAUCAGGAAAAACUCCUGGGCCUAUGUAUGCGGAUACAAUAUAAUGUUGAGUAUACUGUAUGUCCCUCAAACUCAACUCUGGACCUCGAAGCCAGUUCCACUGCAUUUUUUCAUUGUUCCCCUCUAAUCAGGGACUGAUUUAGACCUGGGACACCAGGUGUUUGCAAUGAAUGAUCAGGUAGAACAGAAAACCAGCGGGCUCCGAACUUCGUAGGGUGAACUGAGUACCCCUGCUGUAUGUAUUUUGAUGUUGUGUAUUCUGCUGUCCAUGUUUGUCAGCUGCGGAGGAUAAGAUGGGCUGGCAUGCCAAGACCCUGCCCAAAGACAUGGCUGAGGGAGUUGUGAAGGAUCUGCAGGCACGCAUCACGAACAGCAGCAAGCGCAUGUACCCUGCCACACCCCUGGAGGACGCCCCACCAGUCAGCCUGCGCAACGUCCGCAUGCCCAGCGCACCUGCCUACAAGCAGGGAGAGAAGGUAACACAUAGACAACACCUCACACGAAAAAAAAAACCCCCCCCGGGGGAAAUGGUUUUUCCCCUUUUUUUAAAAAAUUUUAACCCCAAAAAACCCCUUUUUAUUGGGGCAAAAAGGGGGGAAAAGGGCUCUCCCCCCCCCCCCUUUUUUUUUGGGUUUUUGGGUAAACCCGGGGGCGGGGUUGGCCCCCCUUUUUUUACCCCCGGGUUUUUUUCCCCCUUUUGGGCCCCCUUUUUUUUUUGGGGCCCUUUUAAACCCCAAAAAAUUUUUUAUUUUUAAAAAAAUUUUGGUUUUUUUUGGUUCCCAAAAAAAACCCCCCCAAUUUUUAAAAAAAAAAAAAUUUGUUUUUAAAAAAAUUUUUGGCCCCCGGCCCCCCCUUUUUCCCCCCCUUUUUUUUUUUUGGGCCCAAAAAAAAAAUUUUUUUUGGAAAAAAUUUAAAAAAAAGGGGCCCCCAAAAUUUAAAAUUAACCCCCCUUUUUUUUUUUUCCCCCCCCCUUUUUUCCCCCUUUAAAAAAUAAAACCCCUGCCGGCGGGGGGAAAAAAAGGGUUCCCCCCCCAAAAAAGGGGGGCCCCCCCCCCCCCCCGGGGGGAAACCCCCCCCCCCAAAAAUUCCCUGGGAAAAAAAAAAAAACCCCCCCCCCCCAAAACCCCAAAACCCCCAAAAUGGGGAAAAUUUUUUUUUUAAAAAAAAAAAUUUUUUAGCCCCAAAAUUUUUUUAAAAAAAAAACCCGGGGGGGCCCCCCCCCUUUUCCCGGGUUUAAAACCCAAAAAAAAAAUUUUAAAAAAAAAACCCCCCAAAAAAUUUUUGGAAAAAUUUUUUCCAAAAAAAAAAGGCCCUUAAAAAAAACCCCCUCCAACCCAAUUUUUUUUUAAAAACCCCCCUUUUCCCCCCUUUCCUUUUAAAACCCAAAAAAAAAGGGGUUUUUAAAAAAACCCCCCCUUUUUUUUUUAAUUCCCAAAAAAAAUUUUAAACCCCUUAAAAAAUUUUUAAAAAAUUUUUUUUAAAAUUUUUUUUAAAAGGUUUUUUUUUUUUUUUUAAAAAAUUUUUUAAAAAAAUUUUUUUUAAAAAAUUUUUUUUUGGGGCCCCCCCAAAAAAGGGGGGGAAAAAAAAAAAAAAAAAAACCCCCCCCGGGGGGGAAAAAACCCCGGGGGGGGGAAAAAAAAACCCCAAUUUUCCCCCCCGGGGGGAAAAAACCCCCCCCCCCUUUCCCCCGGGACCCCCCCCGUCCGGGUUUUUUUGGGUUCCGGGGGGGGGUUUGGGGUUAAAACCAAAAAAUUUUUUUUGGGAAAAAUUGGGUUUUUUAAGGCCAAAAAAAAAAAUUUUUUUUUUAAAAAAAAAACCCCUGGGGGGGAAAAAAGGGGGGGUUUUUAAAAAAAAAACGGGGGGGGGAAAAAAAAUUUUGGGGGGAAAAAAAAAAGGGGGGAAAACCCCCCCAAAAAAAGAAAAAAGGGGCCCGGGGUUUUAAAGGGAAAACCCCCCCAAAAAAAGGGGGGAAAAACCCCCCGGGGGGGGUUUUGGGGGAAAAAAAACCCCCGGGGGCCAAAGGGGUUCCCCCAAAAAAAAUUUGGGGGGGGGGGCCCCCCAAAAAAAAACCCCCCAAAAAAAAAAAAAAGGGGGCCCCCCAAACCUUUCCCCCCCGGAAAAAAAAAAACCCCCUUUUGGGGUUUCCCCCUUUUAAAAAAAAAAAUUUUUUUAAAAAAACCCCUUUUAAAAAUUUUUUUUUAAAAAAAUUCAAAAAAAAAAAAAAAAAUUUUUUUUUUUUUUUUUUUUUAAAAAUUUUUUUUUUAAAAAAAAAAAUUUUUAAAAAAAAAAAAAAUUUUUUUUUUUUUUUUUUUUUUUUUUAAUUUAAAAAAAAAGGCCCCCCUUUUUUUUUUAAAAAAUUUUGGGGGUUUUUAAAAACCGCCCCCCCCCCAAACCCCCCAAACCCCCCCCCCUUUUUUUUUUUUUUGGGGGGUUUUUUUUGGCCGCCUCCCCGGGCCCCCCCCAAAAAAAAUUUAAUUUUUUUUGGGGGGGGGAAAAAAAAGGGUUUUGGGGGAAAAAAAAAUUUUAAAAAACAAAAAAUUUUUCUUUUUUUUUUUCCAAAAUUUGGUUGAUUUUUUUUUUUUAAAAAAUUUUUAAAUUUUUUUUUGGGGGUUUUUUUUUAAAAAAAGGGGGGGGGUUUUACAAACCCAAAAAACCCCCCAAAAACCCCCCCCCCCCCCCUUUUUUUUUUUAAAAUUUUGGGGGGGGGAAAAAAAAACCCCAAACCCAACAAAAAAAAAAAGGGGGGGGCCCCCCGGGGGGGUUAAAAAAAAAAAAGGGGGGGAAAAAUUAACCCCCACAAACCCAAAAAAUUUUUUCCCCAAAAAAGGGGGCCCAAAAAAUUUUUAAAAAAAACCCCUUUAAAAAAAAAAGGUUUGAAAAAAGUUUUAAAAAGGGGUUUUUCCCCUUUUUUUUUCCCAAAAUUUUUUUUCCCAAAAAAAAAAUUUUGGGGCCCCAAAAAAAAUUUUUUUUUUUUAAAAAAAUUUUUUUUUUUUUUCCCCUUUUUUUUUCCCCUUUUUUUCCCAAAAAAAUUUUUUUUUUUUUUUAAAUUAUUUAAAAAAAAAACCCCCCGGGGGUUUUCCCCCCUUUUUUUUCCCCUUAAAAAAAAAACCCCCUUUUUUUUUUUUUCCCCCCCGGGGCCCCCCCUCUCAGGCCCGGGGGGGCCCGGGGUCCAUAUUUUUUUGGGGGGAAACCCCCCCAAAAAGGGGGUUAUCUGACCCCUGCCCUUCCUUUAUCACAAUCUUUCCCUGUUUCCUUUCAUUGUCCUUUCUUUUAAAUACACUUUUUUAAGGUUGAUUGGCUGAAUCAAACAUUUUUUUUCUCGCUCAUGCACUGGGCUUUGGUUUUAAAUGAAUAAUGCAUGUUUGGGCCAUCCCUAAUGUAACACUGGGACUGGAGGGGGAGGGGGGAAAAGAGGCUGAGAAUUUGGUCCAUCCCCUAAGGGAAAACUGGGGGACUUUGGAAGGGUGAGACUGAGAGGGGUGGACAUUAAAUACUUUCCCGUAUCCCCCCCUCCCCCCCUUUCCCCCCCCCCUCCCUUCCCUCCCCCCCCUCCCCCCCAAAACCCUCCCCGCCCUUUUUGGGGGGCCCCCCCCCAAAAAAAAAAGGGCCCCGGAAUUUAAAAAAAAACCCCCCCCCCCCCCUUUUUCCCCCUUCCCCCUUUUUUUCCCCCUCCCUCCCCUCCCCUUUCCCCCCUCCCUCCCCCGCCCCUUCCCCUCCCCCUCCCCCCCCCCCCCCCCCCCCGCCCCUCCCCCCCCCCCCCCCCUUUUUUUUUGGGGCCAUUUUUCCCCUUCCCCCCCCCCCCCCCCCCCCCCCCCCCCCCUCCCCCCCUCCCCCCCCCCGCCCCUUCCCCCCCCCCAAAAGCCCCCCCCCCCCCCCCCCCCCUCCCCCCCCCGCCCCCCCCCCCCUCCCCCUUCCCCCCCCCCCCCCCCCCCCCCCCCCCCCCCCCCCCCCCCCUCCCCCCCCGCCCCCCCCCCCCCUCCCCCCGCCAACCCCCCCGGCCCCCCCCCCUCCCCCCUGGGCCCUUCCCCCCCCCCCCUCUCCCCCCCCCUUUCCCCUCCCCCGCCCCCCCCCCCCCCCCCCCCCCCCCCCGCCCCCCCCCCCCCCCCCCAUCCCCCCCCCCCCCCCCCCCCCCCCCCCCCCCCCCCCCCCCCCCCCCCCCCCCUCCCCCCCCAUUCUUCCCUUCCCCCCCUCCUUUUUUUUCUACAUUUUAAAAAUAAUAGUGAAAAACAUCCAAAAAUUGAAAUAACAUAUAUGGAAAUGUAGUAACCAAAAAAGAGUUAAAAAACAAAAAAAUUUUUUAUAUUUUAGAUUCUUAAAAUAGCCCCCCUUUUCCUUUAUGAAAAGCUUUAAAAUAAUGAAAAUUCUUCCAUACAAUGACAGAGUCAAUUUUAAAAGGAGUUUUUGUCCCCCUUUUGUCCAGGUUUGAAAUAGUGGGGAAUAGGGAAAAGGGAUAAUGCCUCUGUUGGUUUCUGCAUAGAAUAUGAAUGAGUCGAUUUACCGUGGGAGGGGGAGCAAAGGGAUCGGAGAGGGCUGGAGGGGCCGGAAAAAGACAACGCAUUAAGAGGGUGAUUCCUCACAUAUUGGGACUAUAACUCACGAGUGGGGCACAAAUUGGGGCCCCCCCCUUGUCCGGUUUGGCCGGUUUGGAGGCCGUCUUUUAAAUAAAAAUUUUUGGUUUUUAAAUGAUUUCCUUAAAAAAAGAAAAAAAACCCCCUGGCUUUUUGGGCCCGGGCUGACCUUUUUCAAAUUCUGGAGGCGUAACCCUCCCCUUUUAUUGGGGAUUUGGGCCCCAGUCAAACGUACCCCUGGAGAACUACUUUACCUUUGGAUUUCCCCCGGGCUAGAAUACAAUAAAAAUUUUUCCCAUGUUUAAAUUUUGUGGGUUCCGCUCAAAAUUCAGACGUAUGCAGCUGCCGCCGGGUUUUUUGUUCCCUUAACCUCCUACAUGGGGUAGUCUUUUGCAGUGCAGGAAACCCCCAUUUCACAUUUGUACAGGGGGCCCUCCUUUAAAUUUUUAGGGCAGGAGGGCUUUUUUUGCUUUGGGGUCUUUCCCCCAAAAAUUUGGGGUUUUUUAAAAAAAACAUGACUUUGGGUUUUAAAUGCGGACUGUCCCCCCCCUUUAAAUUUGGGUAUUUUAAACCAUUUGGGGGAAAAUGUUUAGGGAAAUUUCAAAAAACUUUUUUGUUUCAAGUCCCCCCAUUUUAGGGGGCCAAAAGUAAAUUUGGGGCAAAAAUUUAAAUUAAAUGUUAAAUUUAAAAAAGUAAAAAAAGUUUUGGGAUUUAUUUUCCCAUUCAUCGCAUGCAAUGACUACAUCAAGCUUGUGACUCUACAAAUUUUUUAAUGUUUGCUGUUUGUUUUGGGUUUUGUUUCAGAUUUUUUUGUCCAAUAAAAUGAAUGGUUUAAAAAAUGAUUGUGUUUAUUUUUUAGUCAAAUUAUUUUAAAUAAGAAUAUAAUUGUUUUAAAAAACUUUUUACAUUAAGGGGGAUGUUUCCAUGAUUAGGGGGAAACCUAAAAAGUGUGAAAUAAAUUUUGAUUUUUGAAAGUUACAGAUGCACAGGGGGGGGAAGAGGGGGGGAUGGUUCCCCCUGAAUUUUGCCUGCGUCUUGAAUAGACCCUAUUUUUUUUGUAACUUUUAACCAGGGGGCACACAAAGUUAAAAGCACAUAUAGGGAAUAUGGGGCCUUUUUGGGGCCCUCCCUUGUAAAAGAAUAGAGAGUGACUUGGGAUGUUGAAAAGGAGAGAGAGGAGACACACGAGAAAGGGGGAAAAAUGAAAUUCUUCCAUACAAUGACGGAACAAUAAAAGGAGUUCUGUCCUCUUCUCCAGGUUUUUUAGUGGGGAAAAGGGAAAAAUGGGAUAAUAGUCCUUUGGGCCGGGGAAGGGUAUAGAAUUUUGGAAAAAGAGUCGAUAUUUUCAGUUUAGGAGAGGAGCAAAGGGAUCGGAAGGGGGGCUUGGAGCAGGGAAAAGACAAUGCUAAAACUGAUUUCCCCACAUUGGUAUUAUGCUCCUGGCUUUUUUGGCUGACUGUUCUCAACCCACUUUUUCAUAACUUUGGAGGUGGAACCCUCCCUUUGAUUGAGAUUGGCCCCAAACAGUAAACGUACCCAUGGAAAAAUUUCCCUUUUUCCCUUUUGGGUCCCUUGGCAUAGGGGAUAAAAUAAAUAUUGUUCUAUGUUUAAAUUUUGUGGUUUCCCCUAACUUCAGAAUUUCUGCAGCGGCAGGGAUUGUGUUCCAAAUAACCUCCUUUCAUGGCUAAAUCCCCUGCAGGUUUCAGGCCCCCAAAAACCCUUAAAAACAAAUGCCCCCGUAAUUUUAUGACAGAGAGGGCCCCUUUUUGUUUUGGGUCUAUACCCCCAAAAAUUUGGGAAAUUUUUUAAAAAAAAAUGACUUUGGGGGUUAAAAAGGGGGGACUGUAAACCCUUUUUUUGAGGGGAUUUUCACCUAAGGGGUGAACUGUUUUGAAAUUAAAAAAAAUUUUUGUACAUAGUCCCCCCAUUUUGGGGAAAACCCCAAAAAAAUUGGGGGCAAAUUCCCCUUUAAAUUUUAAAUUAAAGUAUUUUAAACCUUUCCUUAAAAAAAAUUUUUAUUUUUCUCCCUAAUAAAAAACCCCAAAAGGGGACCACCCCAAUUUUUAAAGUUUUUCCCCCCCUUUUUUUGGUUAUGUUCGAAAUUUUGGUCCCUUAAAAUUUGGGAAAAAUGGUUUGUUUUAGGAGGCACUUAUUUUAAUUAAGAAAACAUUUUUUAAAAAACCCUUUUCCUUAAUGGGUUCCAUGGUUAUGGUAACCCCCCAAAAACCCAAAACCCCCAUAGUAAAAAUUUCCCCCAAAACAACCCAAAAAAGGAUGGCCCCAAUUUUCCCGUGAACCCCCCUUUCCCUUAUUUUUAUUUUAACCCAGCCUCCACAAAGGGGGAAAGCCUAAAGGGAAUUUGGGGCUUUUGGGGACCCCCUUUCCCUUUUCAUUACUUUUACUUUGGUUUUUUAACAAAAGGGGGAACCCCAAAAAAUCCCUUUCUUCCCCCCUACACCCGACCCUUUUUAAUUUAAUGGAGCUGUCCCUUAAACAGGGGGAAGGAAUGGUUAUCCCCCUUCUGGUUUUUCCUCUUAAAAAGAAAAGGCCAUCUUCAGGUUUUAGGGGAGGGGCCCAAAGGGAUUUUGGAGUCUGGCCAGGAAAAGCGCCUAAGGGCGACCUCCUCCCCCCCAGUUUUUUCUCCUGUCCCUUUUGGAAAAUUGGGCCCCCAAACCCCUUUUCCCCUUUUGGAUGUUCCCUUUGUUGAAUUGGGUUGCCUCUCUCCCCUGGCUUUUAUUUGCCCUUUUUUUGUAUUUGGCCUUAAAAAACCCUUAAAAGUUUUAAACCUUUUGGUUUCCCCUUAAUUGGGUUAAAAAAAAUUUAAAUAUUUUUUCAUUUUCCUUACCUUCCCAAAUAUUGGAGGGGGGGCCACCAAAACCCCAAAUAAGGGCCCCCCCCUUAAAUUUUUAAAGAAAAACCUUUUUUUUUUGGCCCCCGUUUUUUUUUUUUUUUUUUUUUUUUUUUUUUUUUUUUUUUUUUUUUUUUUUUUUUUUUUUUUUUUUUUUUUUUUUUUUUUUUUUUUUUUUUUUUUUUUUUUUUUUUUUUUUUUUUUUUUUUUUUUUUUUUUUUUUUUUUUUAAAAAAAAAAAAAAAAAAAAAAAAAAAAAAAAAAAAAAAAAAAAAAAAAAAAAAAAAAAAAAAAAAAAAAAAAAAAAAAAAAAAAAAAAAAAAAAAAAAAAAAAAAAAAAAGACCCCCCUUUUUACAACCCCCCCCCCUUUUUGGGAAUUUUAAAAUUUUUUUUUUUUUUUUUAAAAACCCCCAAUUUUUUUUAUUUUUUUCGGUUUUUUUUUUUGUUUGGUGGUUUUUUUCCCCCAAAAAAGGAAGAAAAAAAAGGAAAAAAAGGCCAAAACUUUUUAAAGGGGUUGGGUCUAAGGAAGGGACCCUGGCCCCAAUUGGUGGCUGACUAAAUACUUUUUUCCCCCACUGUACAUCAAACACAUGGUUUCCAGGUGUUUGAUGUCAUUCCAUUUGCUCCGUUCCAGGCCAUUAUUAUGAGCCGUCCUCCCCUCAGCAGCCUCCACUCCACCUCACCAUAUACAGUACAUCUGGGAUUGCGCUCAUUCCAAUCACAGAGUUGUUGACAUUAUUGACUGCACUGACACUUGGGACUCAGCCCAUAGUCCCAAACAAGAUAUCAUAAAAUAAACUGUCACAACUUUGAGUACUGUCAACUAAAAGGUGGUAUGAUGAUGCAUAAAUAACAGGUAGACUUAUUGGCUUAUUGAUUGCUUAUUAUUAUUAUUAAUGACUGGUUGAUUUAUUGAUUGAAUAGUUGUCUUUCUACAGAUUUCCACCAGGAAGGCCUAUGGCAUGGCCCUGGCUAAACUGGGUCGUUACAACGAGCGUGUGGUGGUCCUGGACGGAGACACCAACAACAUCACCUACUCAGAGAUCUUCAAGAACGAACACCCCAACCGCUUCGUGGAGUGUUACAUCGCUCAGCAGAACAUGGUAGGAAAUUAACCCUAACCCUAACUCUCACCCUAACGCUCUUGAGUUUAUCGUGGUCACAGAUGAUGUGGUCAGGAUCAGGAGAAACCUAUUGGAACUAAGUAUGACCACUCUACAAACACAGACAAACACGCUCUAUGACCUCACCAAGCUUUAAAAAGACGACCUGUCCUCAACAUUUAAAUGUUUGUAAAAAAUGUCAUACGAAUCUAUCCAGAAACGUAGAGAUGUACUCAGAUUAAAAGAAGAAAUACAAUUGCAGCAGCAUUUGUUGGCUCAGUUUAGCUGUCCUCUACUUACGCCUCUCUCUCUGAUGCUAAACCGACUGCCCUGUCCCCAGACCUGGGUUCGAAUAUUAUUUGAAAUCUUUUAGAUCCUUUAUUUAUUUAUAAUAUUUGAACGCAGAUCUGCCUGUCGCUAUCGUCUCUGAUGCUGAUUCGCUAUAAGAAAACGCCUCUCUACUUCUGUUCAGACCUCUGACUCGCUGAGCGAAUUCCCUCUCUCUCAGGUCUGAUUGGGUGGCCUGUGUGGUCCAUAUACGGUUAGUGCUGCGGACCCCAGCACACAUGGAUACCAGAGUCUGCAUGGGUUCGAAUCUGACCCAUGCCCUUCUGACUCACAAUCUUUCCUUGUCCUCUUCAUUGUCCUUUCUCAUUAAAUACACUUUUUUAAGGUCUGAUUGGCUGAAUCAAACAUUUUUUUAUCUCGCUCAGUGCUACUGAGGCUGGUCUAGUGAAUAAUGCAUGUAGGUCCAUCCAUAAUGUAACACUGGGACUGGAGGGAGAGGCAGAGAGGCUGAGAUAUAGGUCCAUCCAUAAUGUAACACUGGGACUGGAGGCUGAGAGGCUGAGAGGCUGAGACAUGACCUACUUACAGUAUGCCUCCCUCCCUCCCUCCCUCCCUCCCUCCCCCUCCCUCCCUCCCUCCCUCCCUCCCUCCCUCCCUCCCUCCCUCCCUUCCGCCAUGCUCCCUCCCCCUCCCCCCUCCCUCCCUCCUCCCUCCCUCCCUCCCUCUCCUCCCUCCCUCCCUCCCCUCCUCCCUCCUCCCUCCCUCCCUCCCUCCCCCCCCUCCCGCCCUUCCGCCUCUCCCUCCCUCCUCCCUCCACUCCUCCCUCCCCCUCCCUCCCUCCUCCCCUCCCCUCCCUCCCUCCCUCCCAUCUCCCUUCCUCCCCCACGCCCUCCCCAUCUCCCCUCCCUCCCCCUCCCUCCCAUCCCUUCCGCCAUGCUCCCUCCCGCCCUCCCUCCCUCCCUCCCUCCCUCCCGCCCUCCCUCCCUCCCUCUCCCCCUGCCCUCCCUCCCUCCCUCCCUCCCCCCUCCCUCCCCUCCCUCCCUCCCUCCCUCCCUCCUCCCCCCUCCCUCCUCCCUCCCUCCCCCCUCCCCCUCCCUCCCUCCCUCUCCCUCCCUCCCUCACCCCUCCCCAACCCCACCCCCCCCCCCUCCCUCCCACCCUUCUGCCAUUCUCCCUCCCUCCCUACUAUUUUCUACAUUGUAGAAUAAUAGUGAAGACAUCAAACUAUGAAAUAACAUAUAUGGAAUCAUGUAGUAACCAAAAAAGAGUUAAACAAAUCAAAAUAUGUUUUAUAUUUGAGAUUCUUAAAAUAGCCACCCUUUGCCUUGAUGACAGCUUUGCACAUAAUGAAAUAUUCUUCCAUACAAUGACAGGAGUCAAUAACAGGAGUUCUGUCCUCUUCGUCCAGGUUAGAAGUAGUGGGGAAUAGGGAAAUGGGAUAAUAGUACCUCUGUCUGGUACUGCUAUAGAAUAUGAAUGAGUCGAUAUUACAGUGAGGAGAGGAGCAAAGGGAUCGGAGAGGGCUCUGGAGACAGGAAAUGACAACGCAUAAGAGACUGAUUCCUCACAUAUGGUACUAUAAGCUCACGAGUGGUGCACAAUUGGCCCAGCGUUGUCCGGGUUUGGCCGGUGUAGGCCGUCAUUGUAAAUAAGAAUUUGUUGUUAACUGACUUGCCUAGUUAAAAAAAGAAAAAAAGCUCCUGUGCUUUUGGACUGACUGACUUUUACAUAACUUCUGGAGGCGUGAACCCUCCCUUUGAUUGAGAUUGGCUCAGCAGUCAUCGUACCCAUGGAGAACUCACUUGACCCUUUGGAUCCUCCGGUCAUAGAGAUACAAUAAAUAUUGUUCUAUGUAAUUCUGUGGUUCCGCUCAACUUCAGAAGUACUGCAGCUGCAGCGGAUUUGUGUUCAGUAACCUCCUACAUGGCUAAGUCUCUGCAGGUGCAGGACCACCAUACACAUUAAGUACAGUGCCCUCCGUAAUUAUUAUGACAGAGAGGGCUUUUUCUGCUUUUGGCUCUAUACCCCAAAAGUUUGGAUUUUAAAUAAAACAAUGACUUUGAGGUUAAAGUGCGGACUGUCACCUUUAAGUUGAGGGUAUUUUCAUCCAUAUUGGGUGAACUGUUUAGAAAUUACAACACUUUUUGUACAUAGUCCCCCCAUUUUAGGGAACCAAAAGUAUUGGGACAAAUUCACUUAUAUGUAUAUUAAAGUAGUAAAACGUUUAGUAUUUAUUCCUAUAUUCAUCGCAUGCAAUGACUACAUCAAGCUUGUGACUCUACAAAUUUGUUGAAUGUAUUUUCUGUUUGUUUUGGUUAUGUUUCAGAUUAUUUUGUACCCAAUAGAAAUGAAUGGUAAAUAAUGUAUUGUGUCAUUUUGGAGUCACUUAUUGUAAAUAAGAAUAUAAUAUGUUUCUAAACACUUUUACAUUAAUGUGGAUGCUACCAUGAUUAUGGAUAAUCCUAAAUGAGUCGUGAAAUAAUUAUGAGUGAGAAAGUUACAGAUGCACAGGGAGGAAGAGGAGGAUGGUCCUCCUGAAUUUUGCCUGCGUCUUGAAUAGCACCCUAUUCCCUUAUAGUAUACUUUUAACCAGGGUGCACACAAAGUAAUGCACUAUAUAGGGAAUAUGGUGCGUUUUGGGACACAUCCCUUGUAAAUGAAUAGAGAGUGACUUGGUAUGUUGAGAGCGAGAGAGAGAGAGACACACAGAGAAGGAGAAUAAUGAAAUAUUCUUCCAUACAAUGACAGGAAUCAAUAACAGGAGUUCUGUCCUCUUCAUCCAGGUUACUUAGUGGGGAAUAGGGAAAUGGGAUAAUAGUACCUCUGUCUGGUACUGCUAUAGAAUAUGAAUGAGUCGAUAUUACAGUGAGGAGAGGAGCAAAGGGAUCGGAGAGGGCUCUGGAGACAGGAAAUGACAAUGCAUAAGAGACUGAUUCCUCACAUAUGGUAUUAUAAGCUCCUGUGCUUUUGGACUGACUGACUUCUCACCUACUUUUACAUAACUUCUGGAGGUGUGAACCCUCCCUUUGAUUGAGAUUGGCUCAGCAGUCAUCGUACCCAUGGAGAACUCACUUGACCCUUUGGAUCCUUCGGUCAUAGAGAUACAAUAAAUAUUGUUCUAUGUAAUUCUGUGGUUCCGCUCAACUUCAGAAGUACUGCAGCUGCAGCGGAUUUGUGUUCAGUAACCUCCUACAUGGCUAAGUCUCUGCAGGUGCAGGACCACCAUACACAUUAAGUACAGUGCCCUCCGUAAUUAUUAUGACAGAGAGGGCUUUUUCUGCUUUUGGCUCUAUACCCCAAAAGUUUGGAUUUUAAAUAAAACAAUGACUUUGAGGUUAAAGUGCGGACUGUCACCUUUAAGUUGAGGGUAUUUUCAUCCAUAUUGGGUGAACUGUUUAGAAAUUACAACACUUUUUGUACAUAGUCCCCCCAUUUUAGGGGACCAAAAGUAUUGGGACAAAUUCACAGUAUUGGGACGCAUCCCUUGUAAAUGAAUAGAGAGUGACUUGGAAGAUGUCACCUUUGGCUUCAUAAAAAAUAAUUUCCAUCCAUUAUUCUCCCUAACUAAUCUCCCCAAAGUCACCAGCCGCCACUGUUAUCGUAUGAUGUAACCCCGUCUUCCCCUCCUCCCUCUAGGUGAGUGUUGCGACUGGCUGCGCUGCCCGUGAGAGGAACGUUGUGUACGCCAGCACCCUGGCCUCCUUCGUCACCCGCGCCUACGACCAGCUCCGCAUGGCUGCCAUCUCAGAGAGCAACAUCAACCUGUGCGGCUCCAACUGCGGCCUGUCCAUCGGUGAGCCUGUCUGUCACCCCUUCAUCCACCCCAAACACCCUCACUCCACGCCACUCACACAACCUCCCACCAUCACCACCAUGAACAGUAACCUGCAACCUACCACCUCACAACCCCACCCUUUCCCCAGUGACCCCACUCCCUCUCUCACUCUGCACUCUUUCUAUUGGCUCCUCAAGUCAACACAGCCUCAAAUGGUCUGAAUGCCUAACGUGACUGUCCUCCAUGUGUGGUUGAUCCAAGUUCCGCUUUUUCUUUCUCUCUCUCUCCACUUCUGUGUUUUCCUCCUCACCUCUUUACCCCCUGAGAUCCCCUAGCCUCCCUCUCUCCUCCCCCUCCCUGACCCCUGACCCUGUCUGUCCUGGACGCUGUCACCUUCACCGGAAGACCUGGUAUCCCUCUCCUCUGUUAGUUCCUCAGGUACACUGCAUGCCACUCUCUCCGUCUGUCUGUCUGACUCUCCUACUGUCUGUCUGCACACCUGCGUGCCACUCUCUCCGUCUGUCUGUCUGUCCUACUGUCUGUCUGUCCUACUGUCUGUCUGCACACCUGCCUGCCACCCUCCCCGUCUGUCUGUCUCUGUCUGUCCUACUGUCUGUCUGCACACCUGCCUGCCACCCUCUCCGUCUGUCUGUCUCUGUCUGUCCUACUGUCUGUCUGCACACCUGCAUUGCACUCUCUCCGUCUGUCUGUCCUACUGUCUGUCCUUUUGUCUGCAUUCCUGUCUGGCCUUAUACACCUGCAUGCCUGUCGGUCCACCUGGCCUUUCGCUUUAUAUUGGGUUGAAAUAGUAUUUGAAAUAUUUUUUAACAUUUUCUUGAGCCUCCCUGGAGUAUCGGAUGGAUGUGGUUUUCACCAGGCAAGCUCAAUGAAGCACAUCUAAAGUAAUUGAAAAACAACAAAUACUGUUUGCUUUCUAUUACAUUUUACAACAUUUUGGAAUUAAAUUAAUCUAACUAUAUGAGUAUGUGUGUGUUCCAGGAGAGGACGGGCCAUCUCAGAUGGGUCUAGAGGACAUGGCCAUGUUUAGGGCCAUCCCCACGGCAACCAUCUUCUAUCCCAGCGAUGGCGUUUCUAUUGAAAAGGCAGUGGAGCUGGCCGCCAGCACAAAGGUACUUAUUAUAUCCUCCUGCCAAAAUGUUAUUGGUCCUUAACUCCAAACCCCCAAAAUGCAAUUGGUUCUUAUCCCCAUACCCCCAAAAUGCUAUUUGUCCUUAUCUCCAUACCCCCAAAAUGCUAUUGGUUCUUAUCCCCUCCCACUAUAUGUUAUUUGUCCUCCAUUAAUGUAUCCCCCCCCACCCCUGCCCCACCCCAACACCAGGGGAUGGGCUUAUUACAAUGUAAUACCUUUUUACAAUGUAUUCCAAUACAUAUUGUAUUAUAUUAUAUUCUUUUUCUUAGGGUGUUUGCUACAUCAGAACCAGCCGCCCCGAGAAUCCCAUAAUCUACAGCAGCAAUGAGGACUUCCAUGUUGGACAGGCUAAGGUGAGUACCACUCAGCUCUGAAAUAUUUUCUACAUUACGUUAACUACACAGACUAAUCACAGCCUUAACUAAACCACUUUAGUUUCCCUUCCUAUUUCAGGACAUGAUAUGAUUAGUAAAAUGAUUAGUUUAAUCAGUUGUACAGCAUCCAUAUUAGGAACUACUGUAUCUCACUGAGAACGUUUUGUCUGACAACCGAAAUAGUUCCUACUAUGGAUGCCGUACAUUUGGUUGAGUGGCUGGAACACAAGCCUGCAGACAGACAGGGUUGUGUUCUAGUGGUAUAAACAAUUAAUCUCUCAUCCAAUAGUCUAGAGCAGGAAGAACUGUAUGAGAUGUGCUAGAGCCUUGCUGUUAACCCUUCCCUGUCCAUCUCAGGUGGUGUACCAGAGUGCGGAGGACAAGGUGACCGUAAUCGGAGCUGGGAUUACUCUGCAUGAGGCCAUGGCUGCAGCUGAGAUGCUCAAGAAAGGUACAGUACAACUACAGCCAGAUCAAUGAUCUAACUAUGUGGGUGUGGAGAAAGACUUGGAUCCCGGGAGAGAACUUUAUCUGAGUUUGAUUACUCCUGACUGGGGCAAUGCUCUCUUUUCUGCAUGCGCUAAUAUUGGCUCCAUGCACUAAUGCGCUGCUAUUUAAUUCAAUCAGUUCAUUAGUGUUGGCGCACAACAUAUUAUUCUAUAUCCGAUAAGUGUUAGACUUUCUCAAUUAGAUGUUCAAGCUUAUCCACAUUAGAAAGCUUUAUCCCUCUCUCAAUAUUGGAACCUCAUUGAUUUAAGGAUCAGGUUUUAGAGUCAUUCUCUGUGUAGCUGACUAGGUCUUGUUAUUGUUUCUCCACUGAAACACUACUCAAGGAUCCACGAUUCCAGUAACUCCAGUAACAAAUUCCCAGGUUUUCCCAAAAUCCUGGUUGAAGGAUUCCAGAUUUCCUGCUUAUUCAUUUCUGAUUCCGUGAAUCUUCCAAACAGGAUUUCUGAAAAACCUGGGAAUUUUGCAACCCUAUGCUCUACUGUUGAUUAACACUAUGUUUCCCACCUUGUUGUUUUCCCAGAGAGGAUCUUCAUCAGGGUGAUCGACCCGUUCACCAUCAAACCCCUGGACUCCAAGACCAUCAUAGAGCACGCCCGCCAGACCAGGGGCCGCAUCCUCACCGUGGAGGACCACUACUAUGAAGGUACGCUUUCUCUGACCAGGAAGUUAGAGAGGGACCAAACACCAGGAAGUUAGAGAGGGACCAAACACCAGGAAGUUAGAGAGCGACCAAACACCAGGAAGUUAGAGAGCGACCAAACACCAGGAAGUUAGAGAGGGUCUGUCACGAUCGCUUACAGAUGGGACGGACCAAGGUGCAGCGUGAUAUGCAUACAUGUUUAUUAACGAAUAAACACAACGACAAAACAAUAAACAAACGAUACGUGAAGUCCAAAGGUAGCGCAAUACAACAUACCUUAACACGGAACAAGAUCCCACAACUAACUAGUGCCAAAAGGCUGCCUAAGUAUGGUCCCCAAUCAGAGACAACGAGCGACAGCUGCCUCUGAUUGGGAACCACACCGGCCAACAUAGAAAUAGACAUACUAGAUACUACACCAUAGAAAAUCAACAUAGCAAAACACAACACAGAAAAUACACACCCUGACUCAACAAAUACGAGUCCCCAGAGUCAGGGCGUGACAGUACCCCCCCCCCCAAAGGUGCGGACUCCGACCGCACAACAUAAACAUCACAGGGUAGGGGCCGGGUGGGCAUUCCGCCUCGGAGGCGGAUCCGGCUCAGGGCGUGACGACCACUUACUCUCCGCCUCCCUGUUGCGCCCCUGGUCUGGUCUGGACCUCGGUGUGCUGCUUCCCCUCUCCUUCCUCCCACGAAGUACCAAGCCCUGUCUGGACCCUGGUGUGGGAGACCCCGAACCUGGAGAGGGGCUGACGUCUGGGUCUGGACUGGAGCCGCUGACCGGAGCUGGACCGGGCACCGGUGGAGCGGACUGCACAGGCUCCGGACUGGAGCCGCUGACCGGAGCUGGACUAGGCACCGGUGGAGCGGACUGCUCUGGCUCCGGAGUGGAGCCGCUGACCAGAGCUGGAUCAGGCAUCGGUGGAGCGGACUACUCUGGCUCCGGAGUGGAGCAGCUGACCGGAGCUAAACUGGGCACCGGUGGAGCGGACUUCUCUGGCUCCGGAGUGGAUCCGCUGAUCGGAGCUGGACUGGACCCCGGUGGAGCGGAUUGCUCUGGCUCCGGAGUGGAGCAGCUGACCGGAGCUGAACUGGGCACCGGUGGAGCGGACUACUCUGGCUCCGGAGUGGAGCAGCUGACCUGUGCCGGACCAGGCACCGGUGGAACAGGCACGGGCCGUGCCGGACUGGACACACUUACCAUUGGCUUGGUGCGGAGAGCAGGAACGGGCCGGACCGGGCUGACGACGCGCACCACUGGCCUGGUGCGGGGAACAGGUACAGGCCGGGCUGGGCUGGCGACGCGCACCACUGGCUUGGUGCGAGGGGCAGGAACAGGCCGGGCCGGGCUGGCGACGCGCACCACUGGCUUGGUGCGAGGGCCAGGAACAGGCCGGGCCGGGCUGGCGACGCGCACCACUGGCUUAGUGCGAGGGACAGGAACAGGCCGGACCGGGCUGGCGACGCGCACCACUGGCUUGGUGCGAGGGGCAGGAACAGGCCGGGCCGGGCUGGCGACGCGCACCACUGGCUUGGUGCGAGGGGCAGGAACAGGCCGGGCCGGGCUGGCGACGCACACCACUGGCUUGAUGCGAGGAGCAGGCACGGGCCGGACCGUACUGGGAACACACACCACUGGUUUACUGCGGGGAGCAGGAACGGGUCGGGCCGUACUGGACACACUUACCACUGGCUUGGUGCGGGGAGCAGGACGGGCCGGACCGGGCUGAUGACGCGCACCACUGGCCUGGUGCGGGGAGCAGGUACAGGCCGGGCCGGGCUGGCGACGCGCACCACUGGCUUGGUGCGAGGGGCAGGAACAUGCCGGGCCGGGCUGGCGACGCGCACCACUUCCUUGGUGCGAGGGGCAGGAACAGGCCGGGCCGGGCUGGCGACGCGCACCACUAGCUUGGUGCGAGGGGCAGGAACAGGCCGGACCGGGCUGGCGACGCGCACCACUGGUUUGGUGCGAGGAGCAGGAACAGGCCGGGCUGGGCUGGCGACGCGCACCACUGGCUUGGUGCGAGGGACAGGAACAGGCCGGACCGGGCUGGCGACGUGCACCACUGGCUUGGUGCGAGGGACAGGAACAGGCCGUACCGGGCUGGCGACGCGCACCACUGGCUUAGUGCGAGGGGCAGGAACAGGCCGGACCGGGCUGGCGACGCGCACCACUGGCUUGAUGCGAGGAGCAGGAACGGGCCGGACCGUACUGGGAACACACACCACUGGCUUAGUGCGGGGAGCAGGAAACGGGUCGGGCCGUACUGGGAACACGCACCACUGGCUUAGUGCGGGGAGCAGGAACGGGCCGGACCGGACUGGUGACACGCACCACAUCUUUCUGCUGCCUAACCAGCUCCUCUCGCCGUGCCUCUACACCUUCCUUCUCCCUUUUUGCCUCCUGUAGCUCCUCCCUCUGACGGAAUAACUCCUGCUCCCUCUGAACCAAUAGCCCCCGUAACAUGGUGGCCUCCUCUCCUAACCUGCAGAUCCGCCCUGUCGCUGCCUCCUGCUGCCUCGUCGUCCACACCGUGUGCCCCCCCAAAACAUUUUCUUGGGGUUGCCUCUCGGGUCUCCGUCGUCGGCACGGUUGGCGCCGUUUCUCCUCUCCUGCCUGGGCAUCUACCUUCGCCCAUGGCCCUUUCCCCGCAAAUAUCUCCUCCCAUGACCACCAUUUGCCCACCUGUGACAUCGCUAUUCGCUCUUCCUGGUUACGCUGCUUGGUCCUCGUGUGGUGGGAUCUUCUGUCACGAUCGCUUACAGACGGGACGGACCAAGGCGCAGCGUGAUAUGCAUACAUGUUUAUUAACGAAUAAACACAACGACCAAAACAAUAAACAAACGAUACGUGAAGUCCAAAGGCAGCGCAACACAACAUACCUUAACACGGAACAAGAUCCCACAACUAACUAGUGCCAAAAGGCUGCCUAAGUAUGGUCCCCAAUCAGAGACAACGAGCGACAGCUGCCUCUGAUUGGGACCCACACCCGGCCAACAUAGAAAUAGACAUACUAGAUACUACACCAUAGAAAAUCAACAUAGCAAAACACAACACAGAAAAUACACACCCUGACUCAACAAAUACGAGUCCCCAGAGUCAGGGCGUGACAGGGUCCAAACACCAGGAAGUUAGAGAGGGACCAAACACCAGGAAGUAACCGCUUCACCAGACUCAGGCACUCAAGGGUACUUUUAUGUAAUUUAGCCGCAUUGUAGUGUUUUAGCCAUAUACACUGCUCAAAAAAAUAAAGGGAACACUAAAAUAACACAUCCUAGAUCUGAAUGAAUGAAAUAAUCUUAUUAAAUACUUUUUUCUUUACAUAGUUGAAUGUGCUGACAACAAAAUCACACAAAAAUUAUGAAUGGAAAUCAAAUGUAUCAACCCAUGGAGGUCUGGAUUUGGAGUCACCCUCAAAAUUAAAGUGGAAAACCACACUACAGGCUGAUCCAACUUUGAUGUAAUGUCCUUAAAACAAGUCAAAAUGAGGCUCAGUAGUGUGUGUGGCCUCCACGUGCCUGUAUGACCUCCCUACAACGCCUGGGCAUGCUCCUGAUGAGGUGGCGGAUGGUCUCCUGAGGGAUCUCCUCCCAGACCUGGACUAAAGCAUCCACCAACUCCUGGACAGUCUGUGGUGCAACAUGGCGUUGGUGGAUGGAGCGAGACAUGAUGUCCCAGAUGUGCUCAAUUGGAUUCAGGUCUGGGGAACGGGCGGGCCAGUCCAUAGCAUCAAUGCCUUCCUCUUGCAGGAACUGCUGACACACUCCAGCCACAUGAGGUCUAGCAUUGUCUUGCAUUAGGAGGAACCCAGGGCCAACCGCACCAGCAUAUGGUCUCACAAGGGGUCUGAGGAUCUCAUCUCGGUACCUAAUGGCAGUCAGACUACCUCUGGCGAGCACAUGGAGGGCUGUGCGGCCCCCCCAAAGAAAUGCCACCCCACACCAUGACUGACCCACCGCCAAACCGGUCAUGCUGGAGGAUGUUGCAGGCAGCAGAACGUUCUCCACGGCGUCUCCAGACUCUGUCACGUCUGUCACAUGUGCUCAGUGUGAACCUGCUUUCAUCUGUGAAGAGCACAGGGCGCCAGUGGCGAAUUUGCGAAUCUUGGUGUUCUAUGGCAAAUGCCAAACGUCCUGCAUGGUGUUGGGCUGUAAGCACAACCCCCACCUGUGGACGUCGGGCCCUCAUACCACCCUCAUGGAGUCUGUUUCUGACCGUUUGAGCAGACACAUGCACAUUUGUGGCCUGCUGGAGGUCAUUUUGCAGGGCUCUGGCAGUGCUCCUCCUGCUCUUCCUUGCACAAAGGCGGAGGUAGCAGUCCUGCUGCUGGGUUGUUGCCCUCCUACGGCCUCCUCCACGUCUCCUGAUGUACUGGCCUGUCUCCUGGUAGCGCCUCCAUGCUCUGGACACUACGCUGACAGACACAGCAAACCUUCUUGCCACAGCUCGCAUUGAUGUGCCAUCCUGGAUGAGCUGCACUACCUGAGCCACUUGUGUGGGUUGUAGACUCCGUCUCAUGCUACCACUAGAGUGAAAGCACCGCCAGCAUUCAAAAGUGACCAAAACAUCAGCCAGGAAGCAUAGGAACUGAGAAGUGGUCUGUGGUCACCACCUGCAAAACCAGUCCUUUAUUGGGGGUUUCUUGCUAAUUGCCUAUAAUUUCUACCUGUUGUCUAUUCCAUUUGCACAACAGCAUGUGAAAUGCUGUCCUCUGCUCUUGUCCUUCUAGACCUGUCUGCUGCCUUUGAUACUGUGAACCAUCAGAUCCUCCUCUCCACCCUCUCCGAGCUGGGCAUCUCCGGCGCGGCUCACUCCUGGAUUGCGUCCUACCUGACCGGUCGCUCCUACCAAGUGGCGUGGCGAGAAGCUGUCUCCGCACCACGUGCUCUCACCACUGGUGUCCCCCAGGGCUCAGUCCUAGGCCCUCUCCUUUUUCUCCCUAUACACCAAGUCACUUGGCUCUGUCAUAUCCUCACAUGGCCUCUCCUAUCAUUGCUACGCUGACGAUACACAACUAAUCUUCUCCUUUCCCCCUUCUGAUAACCAGGUGGCGAAUCGCAUCUCUGCAUGUCUGGCAGACAUAUCAGUAUGGAUGACGGAUCACCACCUCAAGCUGAACCCUGGCAAGACGGAGCUGCUCUUCCUCCCGGGGAAGGACUGCCCGUUCCAUGAUCUCGCCAUCACGGUUGACAACUCCGCUGUGUCCUCCUCCCAGAGUGCGAAGAGCCUAGGCGUGACCCUGGACAACACCCUGUCGUUCUCCGCCAACAUCAAGGCGGUGACCCGCUCCUGCAGGUUCAUGCUCUACAACAUUCGGAGAGUACGACCCUGCCUUACACAGGAAGCGGCACAGGUCCUAAUCCAGGCACUUGUCAUCUCCCGUCUGGACUACUGCAACUCGCUGUUGGCUGGCCUCCCUGCCUGUGCCAUUAAACCCCUACAACUCAUCCAGAAUGCCGCAGCCCGUCUGGUGUUCAACCUUGCCAAGUUCUCUCACGUCACCCCCCUCCUCCGCACACUCCACUGGCUUCCAGUUGAAGCUCGCAUCCGCUACAAGACCAUGGUGCUUGCCUAUGGAGCAGUGAGGGGAACGGCACCUCUGUACCUUCGGGCUCUGAUCAGUCCCUACACCCAAACGAGGGCAUUGCGUUCAUCCACCUCUGGCCUGCUGGCUCCCCUUCCUCUGCGGAAGCAUAGUUCCCGCUCAGCCCAGUCAAAACUGUUCGCUGCUCUGGCACCCCAAUGGUGGAACAAGCUCCCUCACGACGCCAGGACAGCGGAGUCACUCACCACCUUCCGGAGGCAUUUGAAACCCCACCUCUUUAAGGAAUACCUGGGAUAGGAUAAAGUAAUCCUUUUUUGAGCAGUGUAUAUUGCAUGGCCUUUACAACCUGGCAACCUGAAAUAUUUUGGCAUUAUUUAUUUAUGAAUAUAUAGCCAGUGUCAUCUCAUUGGCCCAGAGACACUGGAGUGUGUUGCGGUGGCAUGUUCCUAUUGGAUGAGUGGCUGAGACGUGAUGCAGUGGCAUGUUCUCAUUGGCUCGAGAGGCACCACGUGUUAUGCGCUGUCAUGUUGGGCGAGAUAUAUUCUGUUCUGGUGUAUUUUGUUUGCUGAGGAGGGAGACUGUAUAUGUGUGUGUGUGUGCAUGCGUGCGUGCGUGCGUGUGUGUGACUCUGAGUGUGUGAGUCUGGGUGUGUGAGGGCCAGGAAGCAGAGUGCUGUCAGAUUUCCUUAGUGGAAUGUGUUCCCAUGGGGCUUUCUGUGACCCAGAUAUCAGCCUGUGUCUGUGUAGGUUAGGUCUGGAGGAGAUGAGAGUGGGGAGGGGAGGGGAGGGGACAGACUGGACCAAAGAUGUGUGGUAUCCAAAAUCAGUAGCAUCCCCCUCUCUGUCCCCUAUGGGGAGAGACACUAGGGAUAGCAGGAGAGAAAAAGAGAGAGUGAGAGAAGAGAGGGUGUGUGUGCUUGCAUGGCAACAGAAAUAGACUAAUGGCUUCAUCCUCAUGACCAAUGAGCAACGAGUGGCUUCAGGUAGAACCUCUAGGCAGUGGGCACAGAUCUAGGAUCAGCUUAUCAUCCUGCAAUCAUAACCUUUAACUGUAGAGGGAUAAACACAAAGUUGACCUUUGGUCAGUGUUUUAGCUCAACUUAAUUCUAAAUUACUCCUGAAGAGUGUCUCAGAUUGGGGUCAAUUCCAUUUCAAUUCAGUACAUUUCGGGAAGGAAACAGACAUUUCAAAUUGACUGAAUUGAAUUUGAAUUGAGCACAACCCUGUCGUGGAGAAGGUGAUUCCUGUCCCUUCCCUCUCUCAUGUUAAUGUAUUGUUGCUGUUCCUCAGGUGGCCUGGGGGAGGCAGUGUGCUCAGCGGUGGUGAACGAGCAGGGCUUCACCCUGCAGCGGCUGGCCGUGGCCCACGUUCCCCGCAGCGGCAAGCCCAGCGAGCUGCUCAAGAUCUACGGCAUCGACCGCGAAGCCAUUUGCCAGGCCAUCAGGAAGAUGCUCAGUGGCUCUGCCAACGCCAAGUAGCUCCACCCCUUCCUGCCUAAGCCCCACCUGCCCCCAUUCUACCACCCCUCAGAUAAACGUUUCAUGUCACGACGCCACCCCGCCUGGUAACCUCACCCCCUCACUGUGAAAGUCCACCCCCUAUGUGUUUACUGAAGUAACGUGAGUUUGUGCUGUAUGUACAUUUUGAAGUAACUGUCAAACAUUUCACUUUUUUCCCUCAUACACACACACACACACACACACACAUGCAUACAGUACACACACAACUCCACUCCCACUUCCUGGUAACCAUGGGUCAUCACAGGGUCAAGGGGUCAAGUUUUGAAAUUAAAGUGAGAGGUAGUUAUUGAUCCUCAAACCCGGUAGGCAGGUGUAGAUGGACAUUCUCCAUACCAAAGAAUCCAAUAAAGACUAUACAUGUUGUGACCCAAUGCAGGUACCUUUAUGUGAUGCUCAUGUGUUUUUAAAACUCUUCCUCUUUGAUAUUUUCAACCCCAAACAACCAGCAGCAGUCUAUUUUAAUACUUUUAUAUUGUUCUGAUGACGUAGCUUUGAAGACAGGGUGGGGCAUUUGGUAGUGAAAUGUAGGCGUCGUCUCCAUGACAACUCUCUGAAAAUAUAAUGUUUGUAGAACGUAGUCCAAUAAAAAAAGAUCAAAUAGAAAUGUAUGUGGGCCACAAAUAUCAGUGAAGUGAAAAGUCCAUACAGUUUGACCCAUAUGUCUCUCUAUACCACCACACACAGCUUGUACUGGACAGCUCAUGUUAGCACAGCACACAUGUUCGUUUUAAACUUCCUUUCAUCUCUACA